CGGCCGCUGCUGAGGCUCUCGCUCGGGCCGUGGGGAGGAGAAGACGGCGGGGGCGGCCGCGGCGCGGGGUCCAGGCGGGACUAUGGGAAACGGGAUGUGCUCCCGAAAGCAGAAGCGGAUCUUCCAAACGCUGCUGCUGCUGACCGUGGUGUUCGGCUUUCUCUACGGCGCGAUGCUCUACUACGAGCUGCAGACGCAGCUGCGGAAAGCCGAGGCGGUGGCGCUCAAGUACCAGCAGCACCAGGAGUCCCUCUCCGCCCAGUUACAAGUUGUAUAUGAACACAGAUCAAGAUUAGAGAAAUCCUUGCAAAAGGAAAGACUUGAACAUAAGAAAGCAAAGGAAGAUUUUCUUGUUUAUAAGUUAGAAGCACAAGAAACACUAAAUAAAGGAAGGCAAGAUUCCAAUAGCAGAUACAGCGCAUUGAAUGUCCAACAUCAGAUGUUGAAAAGUCAACACGAGGAGCUAAAGAAACAGCACAGUGACUUGGAAGAGGAACAUCGCAGACAAGGGGAAGACUUCAGCAGAACAUUUAAUGACCAUAAGCAGAAAUAUUUGCAGCUUCAGCAAGAAAAAGAACAAGAACUUUCUAAGCUAAAAGAAACUGUGUACAAUUUGAGAGAAGAAAACAGACAACUAAGGAAAGCACACCAAGAUAUACAUACACAGCUUCAAGAUGUCAAGCAACAGCAUAAGAAUUUACUCUCCGAGCAUGAACAACUUGUAGUGACUUUGGAAGACCACAAGAGUGCACUAGCUGCUGCACAGACUCAAGUUGCAGAAUAUAAACAACUGAAAGAUACUCUGAAUAGGAUUCCAAGCUUUCGAAAACCUGAUCGAGCAGAACAGCAAAAUGUUACCCAGGUGGCACAUUCUCCACCAGGUUACAACACGGCAAGGGAGAAACCAACCAGAGAGCCACAGGAGGUGUCUCGAAAUAAUGAUGUGUGGCAGAAGCGUGAAGCGAUUCCUGGAAGAACAGAAGAAACGCAACCUUAUCCUCCCACCUAUAAGGAGGUAGCAUUCCAGGCUCCAGCAGAUCUGAACCACCAAGAAGCAGAACCCAGAGAGCCUGAGGAGCAUCAGGUGGAAGAGGAGCACAGGAAGGCCCUGGAAGAGGAGGAAAUGGAGCAGGUUGGGCAAGCUGAACAUCUUGAGGAGGAACAUGAUCCAUCCCCAGAGGAACAGGAUCGGGAGUGGAAGGAACAUCGCGAACAAAAAGAAGCAGCCAACCUUCUGGAAGGGCAUGCUCACGCGGAGGUGUACCCUUCCUCCAAGCCGGUUGCCAAAUUCCGGUCGCCCUAUGAGGAGCAGUUGGCACAGCAGAGACUGGCAGUGCUGCGGGCCGAGGAGGCCCAGCGACUGCGGCAACACCAGGAGGCUUUGCACCAGCAGAGGCUGCAGGGACACUUGUUCCGGCAGCAGCAGCAGCAGUUGGCGAGAGAGGCGGCCCUGCAGAGGCAGGCUGUGCACGAGGAGGGACAGCAGCCACGCCAGGAGCAGCUUCGGCAGCAAGGUCAUUAUGAUACUAUGGAUAAUGAUAUCGUUCAGGGAGCAGAGGACCAGGGAAUCCAAGAAGAGGAAGGAGGUGCCUAUGAAAGAGACAACCAGCACCAAGAUGAAGCAGAAGGAGACCCAGGUAACAGACACGAGCCUCAUGAACCAGGGCCCCAAGAAGCCGACCCGGAAUCUGAGGCAGAUAGGGCAGUUGUAGAGGAUAUAAACCCAGCAGAUGACCCUAAUAAUCAAGGUGAAGAUGAAUUUGAGGAAGCUGAGCAAGCGAGAGAAGAAAAUUUGCCAGAUGAAAAUGAAGAGCAAAAACAAAGCAAUCAGAAGCAAGAGAAUGCAGAAAUGGAGGAACAUUUGGUGAUGGCAGGAAAUCCAGACCAGCAGGAGGAUAAUGUUGAUGAACAAUACCAGGAAGAGGGCGAAGAGGAGGUAGUUCAGGAAGAUUUGACUGAAGAGAAAAAAAGGGAACUGGAGCAUAAUGCUGAAGAGACCUAUGGUGAAAAUGAUGAAAAUGCUGAUGAUAAAAACAAUGAUAGAGAAGAGCAAGAAGUUCGAGAUGACAACCACCCCAAAGCACGAGAAGAACACUAUGAGGAGGAGGAAGAGGAGGAAGAAGACGGGGCUGCUGUUGCUGAGAAAUCACAUCGAAGAGCUGAAAUGUAGCUCUGCCCAAUUUCCAGACAGUGCUCAGCCAACGGAUUCUUUUCAAGCUGCUCGGAAAUAAAUUUGCCUACUGAACUCUAGGAUAUUUAAUUACAAAAAAUUAAGAAUUUAGACUUUUUAAAAAUUUUUAUAUUAGAAAUGCUCACACAUUUAUAUGAAUAUAUUUUGAUAACUUAGGUUAGAGCUUCUUUUAUAUUCAGGCUAAACAUGAACAAGAAGAAAAACGAUAAAGUAAACCUUAGGCUCUGAGUCUUUUUUUUAAUAGAUUAUGUGAUGUUGGAAAGAGCAUUGAUUUUGUAUAUGUUUCACUUUGUUACCUUUCUGUCUUCUAAUAGUUUCCAGGUAUUCUAUUGUUUGCCUUUGAUAAAAUAUGGGAUUUAAAAACAGGGAGUACUGCAAAAUGCUGUGCAAACUUUAAGGAAAAUGGCCAGUUUACUAAUUGCUGUCUUUCUGAAGUUCUUAUGUAUAGUUUUGAUAGAAUUUUCACCAGUCUCUGUAUUCCUGGAAUGAGAUCCAUGUACAGAGUGACAUACAAUUGGAAAGCCAUUUUGUUGCAGAGUAAAGACACUGUUUGUCAGACUUUUGGGAUCAGUUAGAAAAAGUGUUUGGCAUUACUUAAAAUCACAGCUGUUCUGCUUGUGAGGAAUUGAAUUUAAAAAUGAGAUCGUACUAAAACUCAUGGCAGUAUCUUGGACUUAAUCAGACUCUUUCAGUGUUCAAACCAUGUAUGGACACAUGAUCAUAUUAACUGUUUUGAAGAACUGGUGACUUGUUCAAAAACUAAUUUAAUGUAUAUGUGUGGUGUUUUCUACAUGACCACCCAUUCUCAACAUUUUUUUUCUGAAGUCACCUGGGGAUAUCCUGUUUCAGUAUCGAGUUCCCUCCAGUACUGUGUAUUUCCGCUUUAAACUCUGUGCCUCAAUAUAUGAUCACUUUGACGACGAGUAUGAAUAUGAAGGCAUACCAAACUCUACAAUAGAAUUAUUUUUCAAAACUAUAUGGUGAUAUGAUAGACCCUCAUGAUUUUUCUAUUUGCUGGGAUUCGGUCUGCUUUUUGCUUACGUGUAAGCCAUUUUAAUGAUUAUGAAUUAUAAUGAAUUUCUUAAGAAAAUUAAAUAUCAAAAAUUUCUCUUAGAAUAGAGACAUAUUUUAGUUGCAAGCAUAGAGGUUUUUAAAUAUAUAGGAUUAGGUUAUAUAAUUCAUGUGUGUGGUUUUGUAAUAAAACUCUCAAAUUAAUAAAAACAAAUUUCAUUUUCUACCAUUAUAUGAAUGUAAUUUUAUUUUUUAAUAACCACACUCACACGUAUGGUUUUGAUUAUCCCAGUUGAGUGACUAUGUGUGUAUGCAUAGGAAUGUUUUGUUCAAAUGUAUUUUGAAUUUCCAAUAAUCAUAAGUCAAAUCUUACCCUUAUGUAUAAAAACCCUUUAUGUAAUGUAAAAUGUAUAAUAUUGUACAUAAUAUUCAGAAUACAAUUAUUUUGGUAAACUAGUUUGUAUUUUUAAUGUCCUAGUUGCGGUAUUUAAUUAUUUGAACCAUAUUGAAACUUGGUAAUAGUAAAUAAAGCUAUAAAAAAGCAAGUGGUAAAUCUUUUAAA